GUUAUGAUUGGCUAGCCGAAAAAAGAACGACGCCACUAGAGGCGGGCUGAAGAGGAGCGCAGGCGCACUGUGUUGCGAGUCUCGGGACCUCUUUCGGAGAGACCAUGGCGCUCAACAAGAAUCAUUCGGAGGGCGGCGGAGUGAUCGUCAACAACACGGAGAGCAUCCUCAUGUCCUAUGAUCAUGUGGAACUUGCAUUCAGUGACAUGAGGAAUGUGCCAGAAGCCUUCAAAGGGACCAAGAAAGGUACCGCGUACCUUACCCCUUACCGGGUCAUCUUUCUGUCCAGGGGGAAGGAUGCCAUGCAGUCCUUCAUGAUGCCAUUUUAUCUGAUGAAAGAGUGUGAGAUCAAGCAGCCUGUGUUUGGUGCAAACUAUAUCAAGGGAACUGUGAAGGCUGAAGCAGGAGGGGGCUGGGAAGGCUCCGCUUCCUACAAGUUGACCUUCACAGCAGGGGGUGCCAUUGAGUUUGGACAACGGAUGCUCCAGGUGGCAUCACAAGCCUCCAGAGGUGAAGCCCCCAAUGGAGCCUAUGGGUACCCUUACAUGCCCAGCGGGGCCUAUGUCUUUCCCCCACCAGUCGCCAAUGGAAUGUACCCCUGCCCUCCUGGCUACCCCUAUCCACCGCCCCCACCUGAGUUCUAUCCAGGACCUCCCAUGAUGGAUGGAGCCAUGGGGUACGUGCAGCCCCCGCCACCACCCUAUCCUGGACCCAUGGAGCCUCCAGUCAGCGCCCCUGAUGUCCCUUCUACUCCUGCAGCCGAAGCCAAGGCUGCAGAAGCAGCUGCCAGCGCCUAUUACAAUCCGGGCAACCCUCACAACGUCUACAUGCCCACGAGCCAGCCUCCGCCACCUCCCUACUACCCUCCAGAAGAUAAGAAGACCCAGUAGACUUCGCCCACCUUCCUGCCUGCCCCAUCCUCAUGGCUUUCCUACCCCUCCCCAUGGGGCUGGCUGCAUCUGUGCUGGGAGGUCAGGGAGGACCUUGUUCUUCCCUGGGGCUGAUGAUAAACAGUAGCCAAGAACUAGCUUUUUGGGGAAGGGUGGGCCCCCAGCCUCUGGAGAGGCGCCCCAGCUCCCCAGGCCAGGUCUGCCACGCCUUCCUCUCACCAUCUCUGGGGCUCUCCUCAGGAGCAUGGAGUGUCCUGUGGUUCCUGUUGCACACUGCUUCCCACGGAGGGACUCUGGCCACCUCCUACACCACAGUCCAGCCCCCACAGUCUGGUAGCAAUUCUCCACUCAGCCUCGUGAGCUUCAUGAGACCAGCCAUGUGGCUUUCCCGCCUGUCUCGCCAGCACUCACGUUCCUCCCACUGGUCUGUGCCCGCCCUGAAGGGCCACUGUCCUGACAGACUGUCAGCACACAUUCCAUUCUGCCAGGCCCGGCCCCCAGUCACGUCCACCCUCCCUAACCUGUCCUGGGAUAUUCUGUUGCUGCCUCUGACUUCAGGGGCUUUACCAUGGUCCAGGGGGUAGGGUGGCAUCAGGGACAAGACCCCCCCAGUCACGGAGCCCCUCUGCUCUCUGCUAGCGAUUCUGGAAUUUGGUUUCCUGCUUAUCUCCUCUCCAUCUACAAGAGGCUUCUUGUGAGGAGCCAUGGAGUGCACGUCUGUCCCGUCAUGCUGCUAGGGGCUGUCGGGUGGGCUGAGAGCCUGGGCCCCGCCCCGUGUGCUGACCAGGCCCAGGCCUCUCAGCCUGCCCUCCCUAGAUGCAGGACCUUCAGCCUCCCCUGUGCCCACAGGCACAAAGAUUUGCUCUCGACUGUUUCUGGACUGACCACAAAGUGAAGAGAUGGAUAUUUAAAGAGAAUUCCCUAUUUAUUUGACCAAAAAAAAUUAGUUAAUAUAUUAAUGUGAAAUAAACCCUGUUUGCACCUUGAUUUGUUUGCUAAAACUGUGAACUAGUAAAAAUGAAGUAUCAACUAUC